AUGCUGAGCUGCUUGAGUAGUUCUGCAAAGAAAUCACGAGGCGGCAGGUGGCGUUGGCGAGGCAGCCAGUUACAUCAGGCCUUGGCCGCGGUCCAGAACAGCGUCGAUGCCACUCGCCCCUCGCCGCUUCACCACGCCCAUCGCCCACACACGCCCGCGUCCCCGCCCCCGCCCCCACUCCCUCCCAAACUGGCUGCAGAUCUGCGCCCAGCAUCUGCACCUGCUGACGGCGGCGCGGGCGGCAGAGGGCGACGGCUACUACGGCAAGUUCAUCGGCAAGCUGAAGCAGCUGCACCACGGCGUGUCUGGCGACCCGCCUACUUCUACGCCGGCGACUCCAAAAGCCCCAAUGGCAACGGCUUCAGGAUAAACGAUGAGAAGGGAUCGCCUAACGUGCUUCCCAGAUAUCGCAACAAACACAUUACGCUUACUCUUCCCGAGAACAAGACCCUGAGGGACAUUCGCUGGUUCUCUGUUUGGUGCGACGAAUUUUCGGUGAACUUCGGCGACGUGCGCAUCUCCAAGACCUUCGAGUACCCGCGCCCGCAGAAGAUCGACGCCCUGAGCGGCGUGCACGGCGUCUCCUCCGAGAACAUCGUCGUGGUGGACGCGCAGACGCUGCUCAUCCCGUCCUUCAGCUACGACGGCGAGGCGCCCGACGCCAAGUUCUGGGUGGGGCGCGGCGCCAAGCCCAGCCCGCAGGGCGCGCGCGUGCCCGACGAGAACGGCAAGGAGGCGCCGCUGCGGCGCUACGACCGCAAGACCAUCGUGCUCACGCUGCCCGGCGACCUCACCGUCUACGACAUCGGCCACUUCGGCGUGUGGUGCGAGGCCUUCACCGUCGACUUCGGCCACGUGCGCGUGCCGCGCGCCCUCAACGUGCCGCCCUCGCUCAAGAUGCUCGGCGUCUCCCCACAGUCGAAGCUGAACUGCGAGGUGUUGUGGGACGAAAACGCUUUCGAGGUGCGUUGGGCCGUCGCGGGAGACAGCGUCGUCAUCCAGCUCGUCGGAAAGAUCGAUGACGGCGAGUACAUGUCCUUCGGGCUGUCGGGCAGCGCCUCGCGCAGCCGCAUGGUGGGCGGCGACGUGGCGGUGGUGUGGGUGAACCACAGCUCGCUGGCCGGAGACGCCCAGGACUACUUCCUCGAGUCCAAAUCGCAGUGCGCAGGCGAGAACACCAACAGCAUCCGCCUGCUGAACGCCGCCAUGGUCAACGGCUACUCCAUCGUCACGUACCAGCGGCCGCUGCACGCCAAGGACGAGCUGGACCACGCCAUCGUGACCAACGGCAGCCAGGCCGUCAUCUGGGCGCUGGGCCCGCUCAACUCGCGCAACGAGGUCUCCUACCACCGCGUCGCCAACAGACAUGAUGUGUUCAUCGACUUCGCCCGCUCGCCCAAGUGGAACUGCCCCAUCCCCGACUCCGAAGGAGGCACCGCCACGAGCGCUAGCGACGUCAUCACCCCCACCUCCGCGCCCAGCUCGGCCCCGGCCUCCGCCUCCACCCGCAGCCGCCGCCCCUCCGCCGCCACCGCCGACGCCGCCACCAGCGCCGCCACCACGGCCUCCGACGAAAGGGUGAGCGCGCGUCGGCCGAGCAGCUCGAGCCGCCAACCGGCGCCGGCCACCCCCGCGCCCGCACCCGCGCCGGCCGCCGGCGCCUGGGACAUCCCGGCCAUCCAGUGCUACGAGCCCGAGGACGGCGUCUUCUACGCGCAGAUGGGCCCCACGGGCGGCAAGCGCGGCUACUCCGCCAUCACAGGACACGUUGGCUGGGGCAUCUCCUGGUACAUCAACGGCCUGCUCAUCCCAGAAAUCAACGUGGUGCGCGGGAAGACGUACACUUUCGUCGUGGAAGGCGGCAACGACCCUGACACGCCCGCCCGCUACCACCCGUUCUACAUCACCGACGACCCCGUCGGCGGCUACCAGUACAAGACGCCCGAGGAGAGAAACCAAGUGCGCGUGUUCGCCGGCGUGCGCGUGAACCGGCGCGGAGAGGCGUACCCGACCGGCACGGGCCGCCUGUGCAACUGGACGCCCGACCAGACGCAGCCGCCGGCCGACGAGUUUGCCUCGUUCGGCGCCUACCAGCGCACGCUGUCGCUCGAGUGCGACCAGGGCGAGGCCGGCGUGGUGCAGUGGACGCCCGACCACAACACGCCCGACACCGUCUACUACCAGUGCUACACGCAUCGCUACCUGGGCUGGAGGAUCAACGUGUACGACAGCUGCGACUCGGCGGCCGCCAGCGAGACGGUGACGACGCGCGUGCCGUCCUCCGACGACGCGUCCGACGACCAAGAGGGCGAGCUGCAGUCGCGCCCCAGCAUCCGCGUCACCACGCGCGUCAAGCCCGACGGCGGCGCGUUCGCGGGCGACAAACCCGACGGCGGCGCCAACGCCGUGGACAAGCUCAACCUGGGCGAGGUGUACCUGCCGCCGGCCGCCUACUCCCCUCCCGCGCAGCAGUACAUCCCGCUCAGCAGCCAGGAGGAGUCGGCGUACACCGUGCAGCCGGGCCCCGCGCCCACCGACACCGCCACCGAGCAGCCCCUCAGGCCGUCGCCGCUCGACUUCGUGAACCCCGGCACCGCGCACGAAACCGCCACCCGCCCCGCCACGCCGCACUCCAUCCUGCCCAGCAACGCCAGCAAGACCACCGACGUCAAGCUUCUGGCGUCCACGGCCAAACCCGCGCAGUCCACCGACCACGACCACACCCUCCUGGAUAACAACGACUUCGACGGGUACAAAGCCACUUCGGAGGCGUCGCCCACUCUGAUCAACUCGCCCACGUACAUCUACAAAAGACCGUUGGCCCACCGCCCCCACGGGCUCACGCCGCACGGGUACAUCCUCCCCAACGGCAGGCCCGCCUCCAUGGCCACCCACACCAUGAUGCUGCACCGCCCGCAGGGGUACAACGUCGGCCCCUACAGACGCCCUGUGCCCCACAGAGGCUACGUUCCCCUGCACCGCCCCGCGGCCUCCAUGGUUCGCCCCACGUACUCCAUCUCCACGCCCUUGCCUCCCAACUACCUCAUGACUUCCAAGAAACCUUUCUACCGCGUCACUAUGAUGGGCGUGCCUCACCGUACGAUGGUCAGUCCUCCGCCCUUCCAUCGCCCUAUGACUACCCUGGCCGCCCGCCCGCUCCAGUACUCCUCUUCUUACAAGAACGUUCAAUACUCUCUCCCUCCUCAGAGAAUCAAGUACGACAAGCUGCAAGCUAUCGGCAGCACCUCCAACUCCCCCACGCCAAAACCAGACACCAAGAACACCAACGAAGCCAAGAAGGUAGAGUCUGUGUCGAAAACGACUCCUCUCUCCCCCGCUCCUCUGCUUAGCACAAGUACGGAAAGCAUUAGUGCCAACUUACCUAUCGCGGUAAACACAGGUUUCCGUCCCGAGACGGUGGUCGUGGAAGGAGGUUUCAAGCCCAUCAUCAAAAACGUCGCCCAAGACAGGUCGUCUGUGGAAACGGACACAGAACUCGUCGACCAGGACGAAAUCAUGGAAAAGCUCGAGAAAGAAAUGCUGGGCGAGCUCGUGGAGGCUCCUGAAGCGAAGGAAGACCGCAAGGAGAAUCCGUUCGAAGGGCAGCGGCCGGAGACGUUCGAGCCGAUGUUCAUUCCUUCGCCUCCGGACCGCAUCAGCCAGCAGAACGCGAGCGACGCGAAGCGCGCGGCGGCGGCGCCGGCGCAGAAGCAGAGCGCGCGCCCGCGCCCGCGCCCAGCCGCCGCCCCGCCGCGCCUCGCGCCCUCCUUCCGCUCGCAGCAGCCGGCCGCCGCCGCCGACGCGGCCGGGGAGAUGGCCAUGGCCGCCGAGCGCAUGGACACCUACUACCUGCCGCCCGUCGGCUACGCCAAGGAGCGGCCCGGCGCCGCCGCCGACAUCCCGCCAGGCGCCGUCGUCGCCUACGACGGCAAAUCCGUCGUGGACGUCAGCCUGGCGUCGUCCAUCGCCGACCCGUCCGCCAGCACCGACGCCGGCCGACGCAACCCGCCGGGCACGGCAGAGCUCAUCAAAGGCACGCCGCAGUUCGGGCCCUACCACGGAGAGGUGCCCCCGCCCGUCCCCAAGGUGGUGCACCCCGAGAGCAUCCCUCAGCUGCAGGCGCGGAACAAGCAGCAGGCCCAGGUGCUGCCCGUGCAGUUCAACCAACGCGCGCAGCCGCACGCGCCCAACACUCGCCUCGCCCUCGCAGACGAAGCGCUCUCCCCGGCCGGCUCGGAGAUUAAAGAGCUGUACUCCGCCUACGACUCCAAGCAGAAGAGCAACGGCGCGAGGGACAAGCAAUUCGUCAAGAAAGCCUCCCUCCCUGCAGGCGACGUGUCUCAAGAAGACACGGAGGAGACCACCGCUUCUGACAAGUGGUACUCCACGCAGGCCAUCAGCCAGGACGAUGCCACUACAACCCGACAACUCGACGACGCCACCGUCGAGAUGGAAAAGACGAGGCUGAAACGGGAGGCGCUCGCGCAUCACGAACCGGGCCACACGGGCACCGGGGACGAGGAGGACCACAGCCAGCACGAGCACAGAGCUCAUGACCACGCAGCCCACGACCACGCUCACAUGCACGACCACGGGCAGGCGGGGGCGGGCCAGGCCAAACAAACGAACGUCGCCCACUCAGCGCGCGCGCUCCUCCUCCUCCCCCUCUGCCUCCCCCCGCUGCUCCUUCAGUGGGCCAGGAAUGCUUUAUAA